UGGGGCGUUUCCAGUCCGAGCUGCGCGUCGUUGACACAUAUUUCUGGCGCUCCCAGUCUUUGGGUGGAUGUGUCUGAAAGUACACACAGAGAUGGAAACAUAUAGUCGGACUGGGAUAGAGCUGGAUGACAGCAGCACUGCGUAAAAAGGACGCCUGACGAUCUGGACUGCGCGCUGCGCGUUUGGCACCUGCGGAGAGGAAAUAAAACAUCUCUGUUACACGAGCUGAGCUCCAGUUUAGAGAAAACCAGAAAUUAAAAGAAUGAAAAUACCAGCAUUAGCCCACCGUCAGAUAGAUCGAUAUAAAUAUCUAUUUAAAAUUAAACAGUAGACGUUUUCCUCCAACCGUGCCAAAUGCUGGAAUGGCUCGUGGCUUUUUGUUUUGUGAUCCUGGUGGUCCUUAUUUGGCCAGGCACCAAGUAUCUGUUUGGUACCGAGUACCAGGCGGAUGCCACGCUCCAAAGACUCGGGAUGUCACAGCCGGCACCCAGACACGAAACCGAGGAUGCCCGCUCAGUCUGCGCGGAAGCCGGGGAGAAAACACGCGCCGUUGCGCUUGUGUGCAAACCGUCCGCUCUCGCCAAGUACCUCCAGAAACACUGCAGGACUUUCAGCAACUACUGUCCCUGCGUGGGCUGGACGUGGCGAGCCAGCGCCUGUCUCCAGACCGUGUACGAGGCGUGCUGGCCCUACGAAAGUCCGAUCCAGUUCGUGCGGGACAACUUACAGCUGAGCGACGACGGGCUGGUGGCGCUGGACUGGGCAGUGGCAUCCUACCAUAGAAGACGCAGGACUUCAAGUCACUCCACCAGUCCGGUUCUGCUCAUCAUCCCAAACUCCUUUGGGAAGAUCACUAGAAAUGUCUUAAAGUUAUGUGAAACAGCACUGUCCCAUGGCUACCUUCCUGUAGUCUUCAACCGCCGCAGCCACAACGGCACUCCGCUCUCCACCCUCAAGCUGCAGCAGUUCGGUGACCCAUCUGACCUGCGUGAGGCCGUGCGCUACAUCCGCUACCGCCAGCCAGCAGGGAGACUGUAUGCGGUAAGCGAGAGCUCUGGGUCGGGUCUUCUCCUGUCCUACCUGGGCGAGUGCGGAUCAUCAAGUUACAUGACGGCAGCUGUAUGUCUGUCGCCUGUGUUCCGCUGCCAGAGCUGGUUUGAGUCUGGACUGUGUCAACCUCUGCAGUGGGUGCUGGCUCUGUACCAGAAGAUAAGUCUAAGCAGGUACAGGACAGCACUGGGGGAGAUCAUGCAAACAGAUGCUGUGUUUUCUAGCUGUUCCUUGCGUGGUGUAGAAGAAGCUCUGUUCUGUCAGUCCAGACCUGCUGGUUCUAUCACAGCAGCGCCGUCAGGGACUUCUGUUGUCUGGGAUGCUUACUGGGAACGAAAUGAACCCUUGAGAGAUGUGGAUGAAGUGGCCAUUCCUGUCCUGAGCCUGUGCGCUAAGGACGACCCAGUCAGAGGAGAUGCCCAGUCCACUAUACCCCUGGAGCUGUUCGAGACUAACCCACACUUUUUCCUCCUUCUAACUGACCGUGGAGGUCAUUGUGGCUUUGCCACCCAGUCAGAGAGGAGAGCUUUCUCUGCGGUUCCAUCAAACAGCACAUUAGAGGGCAGCAACAUUAACUGGAGCCACAAAGUGGUUCUGGAGUUCUUCAGGGCCAACACAGACUUUUUUAAUGCUGAAGAGAGAGCAAAGCAGCUCGCUGCGCGGAGGAGGGGGCUCGGAGGAGGUGCUGGAGGGAGGGCUUUCCGUAAUCGGAGUGUGAGCACAUGUAAACGCGUGCCAACUUGUUCCCAUAACAUUCAUGCCAUUUAUAAUUGGCAGAGGUCCUACACACGCUGAGAGUUGAUUAAUGGAUGUUUUUUUAAAGCAUUCCAUCCUCAGCAAACGCCUGGCUCUUUAUAACCCUGUGUUGUGUUUUUAUCACUGUUUAGUAGCAGGUAGGAUUGUGGUUUUAUGCCUGAAGCAUCACAACUGCCUGAAUAUUAAAUAAACAGAGUAGCAUCAUUGUUUCGGUUUCCAUGUUACACACAUGCAUGCAUUGUUCAAACACUUUCAGGAGUCAGGAGCUCCGCAGGGCACCAUUCUCGGCCCAUGUCACUGUGUGUAAUUGACAAGGACUUAAAAAUCUAACUCAGCUGGAAUAUUGCAACCAGAAUAUGAAAAGUGCUAAGCUAAGGGAGAAAUUAUGUUUUCAUGUUCAAAUUCUGAUUUUGAGAAAUCUGUGCAGCUUUUUAGUUUCUCACAAAAAAAGUGUUAUUUUUUUUCCUUUAGUUUGUUUCUUACAUUUGACAAUGUUUUACUUUUUCAUGCUUCUUUACUGUGAUGAGGUCAAUUUUGAUUUGCUUUUUUGCAUUAAUCAUUCAAUCAAAAGCAUUUUUGGAUAAAGCAAGACAAAUUUAGCUUAAUAUUUUUGUUUAUUUACUCAUAAAAUUGUAUAUUGUAUCCCCUGGGAAAUGUAAUGUUAAAUAAUUUAUUUCACUCCCUGUGAAUUAGAAAAGUAAAUUGUGAAACCAAAAAGUUCAGGAAAUACUGAAAGAGCUUAAUGGUUUAUCAGUGAAUAAGAUUCUCAGCUGUACUGUCAUUUAUUGUAAUAAAAAGUUUCAAUUCUGACCAAAAAACUGUCAAAUGAUGAAUGGUUGUAUUUUUACAACCAAUGUUUGGAAAAUUAUUUAAUAAAUCAUUUUUAAUAUUUCUAUUUGAAACACUGGAAGAGUCAGUGCUAAAGACACAAAGUCCAGAUGGACAAUCACUGUACACACAAACUCAAACUGACAAGAGUUGUUAUGAAGGAAGGGUGGGCAAUGCAUCUAAUCAUAAAGCUACCCAUUCACAUGAAAAUAUCAACAAGGAGCACAUUAGAAAAAGUUACAAAGGAUAAUGAUUCAAAAACUUGAUAUUUAUUGUUUCUUUUUCAUAUAUUCUUAUUCAAGUAGCUGUGAAAAAGCACAACUGCUCAGUGUUAUUGCUAUGCUUUGUUACUAAUUUCAUUUUUUGUGGAUCUUCGUCAUACACAGAGUAAACAAAGCUUAUUUUUAUCUUUGCUGACAUGUUUCGGGCGGUGCUCUGACGGCAGUGGACGGCAAAACAUGUCAGCAAAGGUAUAAGCAAGCUUUGUUUACUCUGUAUAUGAUGAACCACAAAAAAGGAAAUCGGAUGGAAAACACAGAACGAACGUAACAAAGAUGUUACAAAAUUUGCGUAUUUGGGGAUAACAUCUCAUGAUGUUUCAAGCUUCCAGAAGCUGUGAUUUCUGUUUUAUUUAGCUGAGUGAGGAAAACCAGAAAACCAGAAAAACAGCCGUCACUGUGGCUGAGAUCAGUGGUUGUGUCAGACCUCGUCUCGGUCAGGGGCUCCUUAUUAUAGCACAGACCCCACAGCCAUUCCGUGCUGUGUGUGUGUGUGUGUGUGUGUGUGUGUGUGUGUGUGUGUGUGUGUGUGUGUGUGUGUGUGUGUGUGUGUGUGUGUGUGUGUGUGUGUGUGUGUGUGUGUGUGUUAUUCACUGCAGUGUUUAUCCAUCCACUGAGCCUUAUCCACUCAGACAGCUGGAACAUGGCUAUGUACACACACACACAUACACACACACACACACACACAUACACACACACACACAACAUCCUUUUUUUUAUUCACACAAAAGUUUUGACCUCAUCCAGAAUAACUCUGCUUUGAAAGGUUUUUUUUUUUUUUUUUUUUUGGAAAAUCUGGGUCUACAGACGACCUUCCCUGCCGUUAAUAUUGAAGAAACUCCAUCCAUGCUGGAGAGAAAAGUUUUGACUGAUUGUUUAAAAAAGAGAAUUGGUGUUUCCUUAAAUGAGAACAAAGGCUGGCGUGAUGAUAACAUCCUGUUAAAGGAUGCGUCUGACUUGUGUUUUCAUCAUUGUUGCAAAACUAUAAAAAAAUAAAAAAAAACUGCUGUGUGUGUGUAUGCAUGAAACAAUUAUAUUGUAACAUUUUAAUUUUAAUGUGUCUCAGAUAUCAUCAUCAGGAACAUUUAUGUUCAUGUUUAAUAUGAAUAAAAGAGUCAACUUCCCGUCCUAAGAGCAAACUAACAAGGGUACAAUAGUUUAUUCUUACUGACAGUUCGGCUCAGAAUUGAUUGCUGAGAUCAGACACAUUUUCCCCUCGAUAAAUGAUUGUUUCCAUCGGCCACAAAAUGAAACCCUUGAGGUUGAUUUGCCCUUUCUCCUGCUUAUUCAAUCCAGACCUGAUUGUCCUCAUUGAUCAGAGACUGAUUUAAUUAGAAUGACUGAUACUUAAUUAAGAAAGAUCCAUAGAUCUAAUAGGGUAGGAAAAGAUCAAAUUUUCUAAUGCAGAUAUUCUGUUUGUAUUCUCAUUAAGAACAUUCUGUGUCUUGAAAGUAAGUGAAACAUCUAUACAUACACUUUUGCACCAUCUCUUGGUGCAGUAGUCCUGGGAAAACAGGCUUUUCAGAUCUUAAGCAUCUUUGAGAGAAGUUCAUUAAGCCUGAAAGCUGCAAGAGUCAUCUACAACAUAUGCUGAAACUAAGUCAUGUCUCACAAAAUGUAAUAAAAAGACAUGGGAACAAGAAUCAGUUUAACCCUUCAUUACAGAAGAGGGGUAGCAUGGUAGGAUGCACAGAUGGUCAGCUAAACAGGAAAAAGGCAGAUCCAGGCAGCAAGGGUCAAAGGUAAAGAAGCAAAGGAAUCUGAAACAGGUGACUGAAGCUGAAAUCCAGAAACAUAACUAGGUCAAACACAACAGGGAUACGACUGAAAGAAAGGUGGAUGCUAGCAGAAGCAAAACAAAGCUGAAACUGACUCUGGAGAACUGAACCAAAGGGGCUUCGAUACACCGACCAGGGAAGAAGGCAGUGCUAGGGGUUUAACUCGAAACAGCUGGGCUGAACAUUACAGAGACAAGAAGAUGCUCAGCUCUUUUAUUUAGUGAACGUUCUUGCUUUAGUCGUUGAAGACAAUUUUUUUUCACCCAAAUGUAUGCACAAGUUAACGUAUGGCUUUAAUUUUUAUUUUAUGAGCGUUAAACAUUCAUUUAGAAGGACAAACUAAUAUUGUUAAGAGGUCAUUUGUAUGUAUAUAUGUAUGUAUGUUUGUGCACCUUUUUUUUCACUGACAGGUGGAGUCUAAACUGGCUAUUUUGUGCUCAGGUGCAGGACUGUCACCAUUACAUACAGUAACAUUUUGGGACUUUGCUGGUUGCCUAGCAACAUCCUCAAAGUUACUGCUUUCCUGCCAAAAUAUAACCUCACACACGACUUGAUGCACGUGAAGUAUUGAUAUUACAGUUUUGCUUUGCAGAGAUGAUGGUGGUGGUGCAUUCAAUAGCAUUACGUUUCAGGACUCAGACAUAGAGCGAUUUCCCCAUAACAGAAUUAUCUUUUAUGAUACUUCUUAGAUGUUAUUAUGCUUAUGCAUUUUGCAUGGUAACACAUUGGGAUCCCACAGGAGGAGUUCUAGAGUGCUGCUGGGGUAAGGGGGGGUCUGAGCUUCCCUCCUGGACUGGUUACCUGGGUAGUUUGACCUUUGAUGGGUGCGUUUUUAAAAGUGUAUUUAGAAAAACAAAUUUUUCUUGCCUAAAGCUCAAUUUGUAGAAGAGUUUAACA